UUCCACAAAGCUCUGGGCCUUGCGUAUAUAGGGAAUGCUUCUAAAGUUCUCCACAAGAAAAGAGUGUGUGACAAGGAGAGGAGAGAGGCAAAGAGGGAAAGAGAGAGAUCACUCUUGCUCAUAUUUUCUCUAUCCAUUUAAAAGAUUCCUUGAGAACUUGCUCAUCUUCUUCUCCAAUUCUCCCUUUUUGUUUGUUUUUUUUUUUUUUGUCAAUCAAGGCAGGCACAUACUUCACUUAUACUUUUCUUGGCAAAUCCAGCUGCAUUCUUCGCUGCUGGGAAUUUCCUUGAAGCUGGUCACACAGGGAUGGUGUCAAUCACACCCAGCAAUUCAUCGAUUCUAGACUUCCAGAGAAUGAGUCACAAUUUGCCUGCAUUUUACCAGGGAAUCUCCCUCAAGCUCUCAAUGCUCCUCCUUGCCGCGCCAAUGCUCGUUUUCCUCGCCUCUUUGCUCGUGAUCCUGGUGUGGAGCGCGUCCGUGGCCUUCAGAUAUGUCCACCUGAGAAAGAAUCUCCUCGAGCAAGGCCUGGAUGGCCCCCCUCCAAAGUUCCUGAUUGGAAACAUGCACCAAGUAUCCAAGAUGAGAGAACUGGCAACAUCCAAGGACAUGCGAGUUGGCGACCAUGAUCUUCUUCCCAGGAUAUGCCCCCACUUUACAUACUGGUCCGCCAUCUACGGGAAGAGGUUUCUCUUCUGGUGGGGAAUGGAGCCGAGGAUCACGGUUGUGGAGCCCGAGAUGAUCAAGGAGAUCUUGUCCACCAAGGCCGAGCACUUUGGAAAGUCGCUGCUACUAAAAAAGGGUGGUGUGCUGCUGCUUGGGAAUGGAAUGGUGUAUGCCAACGGAGAGAGCUGGGCUCACCGGAGACGCAUCGUUGGGCCGGCGUUCCAUGCCGAGAUGCUCAAGAAAAUGGUACCCGAGAUGGUGGCGAGCACGUCUCAAAUGCUGGGCCAGUGGAGCCAAAUCAUUGACAACAAGAGCUCGAGGAGGAGCGGCGAUGGAUCAUCCGCGGAGAUCGACAUCAACUAUUACUUAUCCAUGGCCACGGCCGAUGUAAUUGCUCGUACCGCGUUUAGCAGCACCAGCAGUCACGAAAAAGGCAAGAGGGUGUUCCAGCUCCUGACGUGCCUCCAGAAAGUUUUCGCUCAGUCCAAUCGUUUUCUCUGGCUUCCAUGCAACAGGAUGCUCCCCACGGCUGCCAAUAGAAGAGCUUCCCGGAUCAAAAGGGACAUGGAGCGAGCGCUGCGAGAGCUUGUACUGGAGCGCCGUGCGGGACGACAAAAGCACGGGUAUGGAAGCGACUUCUUGGGACUGAUGCUGUCCGAGAGCGAGCGAGACAAGUCCGAAGCAGCAGCAGCUGCACAGCAGUUUGACACGCCGGAGCUUGUGGAGGAGUGCAAAACCAUCUUCUUCACGGGGCACGAGACCACAUCGGCGCUGCUCACCUGGACUCUGAUGCUUCUGGCCUUGAAUCCAGAGUGGCAGCAGCGCGGCCGUGCCGAAGUGAUGGAGCAUCUUCCGUCCAAGUCCUCCGUUCCGGAUGCCGAUGUCCUUCCCAAGCUAAAGAUUCUGGGAAUGAUUCUCAACGAGGCACUCCGCUUAUAUCCUCCGGCGCCGGCACUGGUGAGGGAAUCUUUGGUGGACUUGAGCAUCCAGGACGUGAAAUAUCCGCGGGGGACUACGUUUUGGAUACCCAUUGUGGCACUCCACCACAGCAAAGACGUGUGGGGGGACGACGCCCUCCACUUUAACCCGGCCCGAUUCGCCGAUGGAGUGGCGGGGGCUUGCAAGCUUCAGCACCAAAAGCUGUGGAGUUUCAUGCCAUUUUCGCUGGGGCCGCGAGCUUGCCUCGGGCAGAGCUUUGCGAUGAUGGAGGCCAAAGUGGUCCUGGCAAUGAUCCUCCAGAGAUUCGAGCUCAAGAUCUCUCCCAAUUACAGGCACGCUCCGGUCACUGCCAUCACGCUCAAGCCCAAGUAUGGAAUGCAGCUUAUGCUUGCGCACUACAGCAUAGAGGACGGAGAAAAAUCGCCAGGAUGAUCAUCUAUCUUAUGAUCCAAACACGAGGUUGCCACCACAGCCACUGUACACUUACAAUUUUUGUAGAGCUCAUACAUAUAACUAUGACAUUCUAAAGCAAAGUGCCCAGCCUUCUGAGUUGAGAACUU